CAAAAUGCAAAUUUGAAAAUGACCUUAUAGAAAUUAAUUUGGUGAAUGACAACUUCCAGGGCUCCAAGGAAGACAAGAUACAUGAAAUCAGAAAUGGAUUCCUAAAACUGCAUGAGAUUCUUACUUUGCAAGAGAAGGAUAUUUUAAAUUCCAUUCAAAGCAUUGAAUCUAAAAAGGAUUUUCAACGGACACAGUUCUUGAGCUCCUCUAAACAAAGGCUCCUGACCCUUGAAGGUAUAGUACAGUACUCCAAGGAGGCUCUGCAAGAGGAAAAUCCAAUAAUAUUCCUGCAAUCAGUCAAUGAUUUAGUCAAGGAAAUAGACAAUGAGGUGGCCAGACUCUACCAACCUGUCAGCAGUUUAAAGUAUGACCCAAUUAAAAACCUUCAAAUCAACUUUGAACAAAUUGCCUCUGGUCUGCGUGCUCUUUUCCCACAGCCAAAUGUUCUCAUGAAGCUGAAGGAUGAUCUGAAAAGACAACCAUAUAUUGCUGAGGAUGAGGAGAAAGUGGAGAAGACAUCUUUUAUUCCUUUGUUGGCCUCUAAAUCCUCCAUAAAUCUGACUUCAAAUGACAAUAAUAUAAAUAAUAAAAAUGAGUUUGUGAAAACAGCAGACGAAAAUGACCAAAUGAGAGAAAGAGCACACCUUCAAUGUUGA